CUGAGUCAGCAGCGGAUCCAUCCAGCAAACUGCUGUUUCCCCUCAACUAACGUGCAUCGUUUUCGCUGUGUCCACCUCAAAAUAUAAACUUUAAUAACGGAUAAUGAGCUUGAAUGGGUUUAUAUGACAAUAAAAAACAGCUGUGGAAGGAGAAAACGAGCUGAAAACACAGAAGAGAGAAGAGGAAAAGUUGUGAGCUGGCCAUCUUGUUGAGCUCACCACAUUAUCCCUCUACUAAAAGUUCACCUCCAGGCUUCAUGUCUGUCCGAGUUCCAGCCAUGAGUGUUCUUCCUCCUGUUCGAAGGGACCGUGUUAUUGCUCAGCUCCCUCAGUGUUUCAGGAAAGAGGCAGCCAUGCACACCAGAGAGGAUUUCAACAAUAAAGUGAAGACGGCCUGCCAGGAGCAGCGCACCGGCACUGUGGGCAGAUUUAAAAUCUCCAAGGUCAUCGUUGUGGGGGAUCUGGCUGUGGGUAAAACCUGUCUGAUUAAUAGGUUUUGCAAGGAUGCUUUUGAUAAGAACUACAAAGCCACGAUUGGUGUUGACUUUGAGAUGGAGAGGUUUGAGGUGCUGGGUGUUCCCUUCAGCCUUCAACUCUGGGACACUGCAGGCCAAGAGAGGUUCAAGUGCAUCGCUUCUACGUACUACAGAGGAGCCCAGAUUGUGAUCAUCGUGUUUGAUGUUAAUGAUGUUGCCUCUUUGGGCCAUGUGAGGCAGUGGCUCGAAGACGCCUUGAAAGAGAACGACCCCACUGCUGUUCAGCUGUUCCUGGUUGGCACAAAGAAAGACCUGAGUUCUCCUGCCCAGUAUUCUCUGAUUGAACAAGACGCCAUCAAACUAGCGCAAGAGAUCACAGCAGAGUAUUGGGCGGUAUCAUCCCUGACAGGAGAAAAUGUCAAAGAGUUUUUCUUUCGAGUUGCAUCGCUUGCUUUUGAGACCAACGUUCUUGCUGAGUUGGAGAAAAGUGGAACACGACAAAUUGGGGAGGUAGUCAAAAUUAACAGCACUUCAAACAACCUGUACACUACAUCCAAGAAGAAACAGUCAAACUGCUGUUAGUGAAGAUAAAAGUGGGAGUUUAAAGUCAGAGCUGUGGCCUGAAAAGGAGGUUUUCCUCGGUGGAAAAAGACUGCGGCUGCACUCCAGCUCAUUGGAGGGACUUCUGUGGUCAGAGCAGGAGGAGAGACGCUGAACUUCCUGACAUAUUGAGUUCAGUUUUUUCUGGACUGGAAAGAGGUUUCUUUCUGUGGGUGUGGAUUCUUGUGGCGUUACUCAGUUUAACUUGUGACACAGCAAUUACACCAAAUGUCUGGUACUGCAGAUUCCACAGCAUGACAUGUUCAAGUGUCUCAAUGCUUUUAACUUUCUUAGGGCUUGAAUUCAUUAUUCUGUUUUGCUGCUGUAGUUUUUUCUUCUUCACAAUAAGAUUGUCAUAUACUUUUAGGUUUUUGCUGUUUUUGUUGUACCUGGUCUCAGGUAUUGUUGAUGGGAGGUUCUCAACUCAUGUGAGAAGUAUGCAUUAAAGGACACAAAAGGCAAAGAUUUAAGAUAAAAGAAAAAGACAGUUUUUCUUUUCUUUUUUUAUUGUUUUGCUUAACUUUCCAGUUAACCUCCCCGUAGUCCCCUGAGUUUUCUCUUAUAAAUUGGGAAGUUGUUUUUUUUUUUCUACAGUGUAUGCUUAAAAGGUACUUUUCACUUUUUGUUCACAAUCACAUGAAUGACUGGAUUAGCAGUAUGACUUUUAUAUAAAAAACUUAAACUGUGUAUGUGCAGGAGUGUUGAUAUUUUUUACAUUUCUUUUCUCUGAAAUGUCUCAGUAUGUUUUAAAAUAAUAAAAAUAUUACAUGUAA